AUGAUGCAUACGAAUGUAAUUCUUAUUAGUAUAUUUUUGACUGCAAUAGUCAACACCGCCGCUUGUGGUAAUAUAACGAUUAGUAAUGUAGUUCCUCGUCGAGACACAGAUGGAAAUAUAAUGGAUAUUCAUGAUGGUAAUAUCUUUUUGUAUGAUGGUCUCUUCUAUUACUUUGGUGCAAGUUACGGUUUAUGCCAGGAACCUCCAGGUCCGUCAGGUUGUUCUGUAUGGCAUCCAGGUGGAUGCGGUUUUCAACUAAAUCAUAAUGUUAGUCUUUAUACUUCAACAAAUCUUUCUGACUGGACAUUUCGUGGAUAUGCUUUUCAAAUGUCUUCAAUGAAGACUCCAGGAAUAUUAUUUCGACCUAGUGUUUUACCAAAUCCGAAGACAAAAAAAUGGGUUAUGUGGUUUAAUUUCUUGCCAUCUUCAGGCACAGGUGUCUCUCAAUCGCAAUUUGCUGUUGCAAUAUCGGAUACACCACAUGGUCCUUUUCAACUGGUCACUGAUAAUGUUACUAGUUUAGCAUGGGACAAUACUGGUGAUUUAAAUCUUUUUCAAGAUACUAAUGGCGAUGCUUAUAUUAUUUAUACUUCACAUAUUGAUGGUACUAUCUACAAUCCUAACCAUUUAAUGUCUGUAGAAAAACUAUCCGAUGAUUAUACUAGUUCGCUAGGUAAAUCAUUUAAUAGUGGAUUUUUUGGUGAAACCUUUGUCGAAGCUCCUUCGAUGUUUAAACGCAAUGAAAUCUAUUAUGCAGUAUUUGGUCAAUGUUGCUGUUAUUGCAAAGAAGGAUCCGGUGUUACUGUUUAUACUUCUUCGUCACCGCUGGGUCCUUAUAAAACAAUGAAUAAUCUAGGAAAUGAAGGUCAUGCUCAACAGUUCAAUGUUCUACAGUAUAGAACUAGUAGUGAUACAGGUUAUGGUUAUUUAUGGCAAGGUAAUCAAUGGCAAAGUGCUCCCGAUGGUCUCAAAGGACAUGAUUUCAAUUACUGGACACCGAUGUCUUUUAAUCAAGAUGGAAGUGUAAGAUACAUGAACUAUACUGCUAACUUUACUAUUGAUGUGGUUUCCAAAAUUCAUUCAAAUCGACCUUUAUCGCAUCAUUUUAAAAUUUAA